AAGCAACAUUUUCAAACCUGAUUGGUGUAUGAUUACAAUUAAAUUUUCCCUCCAUUAUUUGUCAUUCAUGAUAUUAAAUUUCUAAAUAUUUUAAAACAAAAAUACUAAUUUGCAUGUAAUUUUUUACAGAUCAGUCGAUCGUUCCGCAUUUGUACGGAUUAUGCGUAGAAGUAUGGGUUCACAGGCAUUGCUUAAUCUUUGUCUUGGUGCUAGUGUACGCACGAGCACAACAUCACCAACGCCUAUAACAGAUCCUCGACAAUCGGAUCAUGGUUAUGCAUUUUCUCAAGAAGAACACGGUGCAGUUAGCCAGUCUCAAUUGAUUCGUGCUUAUGAUUCAACUCGACGAAAACCCGAUGGCAGAUAAUAAUACAUGCUAAUUUAACUAUUGUUAAUAAAUUCAAAUUAAAUGAUUCAGUUAUCUAUUUGUUUACCAUUAUGUUGUACAUAUACACGUAUAUAUAUAUAUAUAUAUAUAUAUAUAUAUAUAUAUAUAUAAUAUGAGUUGUCUCUUUUCUAAGCAAACCUAUUUAUGGAUACCCAGUGUUUUCUCUUUCUUUGCGUUCAUGUCGUGCAUGAUAAUUGAUCAUUAAAAAAAAAACACAUUUGUCACUUUCGUCAAAUGUGCACCAUUUUUUUUUUAUGGGACUGAUGGCGAUAAUGUGUUUAAAAUGACAAAGAAAACUCUUUCUUAUUUUCCUUGUCCUCACCUCAAGUUCGUUGUUUCACUGAAUUACAUUGUAUAUUUCCGUCAGUUUGUAUGUCUGUAUGUGUUUAUUUGAAAAUGUCAAAAAAAAAACUAAGUCCUAACAUACUUCUCCCUUCUCACACUUUCAUUAUAUGCAUGUGUUUACGUAAGUGAGGCGUGUACACGUAAUAAUGAUAAGUCAGAAUGACUCAACCAAUGUCAUCCAUCCAUUAUUUUUUUUAUUUUAUUUUAUUCGUAUCUCUGACUCAGCUAAGUGAAGAGACAUACUGUCGUUACUUUUUUUCGAUGAUUCAUUCUGUCUCUUGUUUUCUGUAAGAUGAAAUAAUUAUUACCUAUUGUAUGAAUGGAGUAGAAAAUAGUGUUUGACUUAUUUUUCUGUAUCUGUUGAUCAAUUUGAACUUUAUCAUUUCACUUUAAUUAUCCUCUGAUUUCUUUUAUACUCUCCCAUUGCAUAUGAAAAUUAUUCAUUUCGUCUCUUGAAGAAAAUACAUUUUAUUUUGGUUAUUUUACGACAAAUUCGUUUGAUACACACUAAUCAUUAUCAAUAUUAUUAGUAUUAGCCAUGAACACCGCGGCUAAUUAUCAGUGUCUCCGUGUACAGUUAAGCAUACACAUAUAAAGAUUUGAUGGAUUUUACACAUUUUGUUAUUCUCUUCUGUUAAUUUCUACUACAUUGUGUGAUGUACCUUUAACUCACUGAACUUCUGCAGAAUAGGUCAACAUGUAUGGCUGACCACAUCUGUGACAAUGGACGUAUCCACUUCCAAAACUCACCACAAUUUUCAGUGGCCUUCUGUGUUUCUUCUAGUGAAUUACUUUCCUUAAUUGAACCAACAGUAAUGAAGACUGCAUAUUGUUGUUGAUGGUGAUGAUCCCUGUAAAAUUAAGUCGUUUUCCUUCUACUUCUACUACUACUAGUUUUAUUUGGGUAUGAGUGCAACCCUUCUCAAAAUUUUUGAUAUGACCAUAUAUUUAAGUACCAGAUAGCUAGAACGAAAUUCGACAUAAAUAAACAGAUAGUUUCUAACUUUUUAA